AAUUUCUACGAGGAACAGUUGGUUCGUAUAACGUAUUGGAAAAUCUGUUUUCGGCGAUAUUGAUGCUUACCUCUUUUGGUACACCAUCAUUCAUUAUCAUCAUCUAGGUACAUUAUCGUACUGUCUAAUUCUCUUGUUUCAGAUUCUGCUUUCCUACCAAACAUAAAUCUUUGAUCCAAUUUGUGAUUUUUUGUAGCUUUAGGUGAUUUUUUUCUAGAAUUGCUAAAUGGGUAUUGAUAUUUUUUCAAAAAGAAAGGGUUUUGAUUUCUGGGUAUUGUAGAUUUGGAGUUUCACUAUUAUUUGUUCUAUGGAAUUUUGAGAAGGGUUUUGGUGAUAUGGGUUCAAAAGAUGUGGAAAGUAAAGCAUGGAAAUGGGGUCUAGGUUUGAUAUAUAUAAUAGCUGUUGCAAUAAUAUGGAUAGCUGCUAGCUUUGUAGUUCAAUCUGUUGUAGAUGCCGGUGUCUCACCAUUCCUUGUUACUUACAUAUGCAAUUCAUUGUUUGUGGUUUUGAUUCCAAUUGUUGAAAUUGAGAGGUAUUUGGAGGAUUCUUAUGGAGGUUUAUUGUUUUGGAGGAGUGACAAGAGUAAAUCACGUUUAAAAGGGAGGUUAGGAGAGUCCGAGCAGGCUAACCUUCUUAGAGACAACGAUGCUACCGAUGAAGUCAUUGAAUCUUUGGUUAUUGAAGAGGUAGAUGUAAUUGAAGAUAGGAACAAUCAUUCUGAAUUGCUUUCUUCAGAUAAUGUAGUAGGAGGAUUGGUUGGUCAAGUUUAUUUGAUUGAAAAUGAAAAUGAUAAAAAAGGGUUGGAUGCGAAAGGGCGUUGGACUCGUUGUAGAAUGGCGAAAGUUAGUCUGUUGAUAUGUCCCUUUUGGUUUUUUGCUCAACUCACUUUUAACCUGUCGUUGAAGUAUACUACAGUUACAUCAAAUACAAUCUUAAGCAGUGCAUCAAGUCUUUUCACCUUCUUGGUUUCCCUAGCUUUUUUAGGGGAGAGGUUUUCUUGGUUAAAGCUCUUUAGUGUUCUUCUUUGCAUGGCGGGAACAAUAAUUGUAAGCCUUGGUGAUUCACAAUCUGGUUUAAAAGCGGUUGCAUCCAAUCCUCUUCUUGGAGACAUUUUCGCACUUUCUUCAGCUGGAUUGUAUGCAGUGUAUAUCACCCUUAUUCGCAAGAAAUUAAACGACGAUGAUGGAAAGGGUGGUGAAGCCAGUAUGGCUCAGUUUCUUGGAUUUCUCGGGCUUUUCAAUGUUAUACUUUUUCUUCCGGCUGCCGUUUUACUCAAUUUAACGAAGACCGAACCUUUCUAUACGCUUACCUGGAAGCAGCUUGGUCUGAUUAUUGGUAAAGGAUUGCUGGAUAAUGUGCUGAGUGAUUACCUAUGGGCCAAAGCUGUUCUUCUUACAUCAACCACAGUAGCUACAGCUGGACUCACAAUUCAAGUCCCAUUAGCUGCCAUUGUCGACACCUUCACCGGAAAUUCUCCUCCCUUCAUGGAUUACCUCGGAGCAAUAGCUGUCAUGAUUGGUUUUGCAGGAAUCAACAUCCCGGACGAUACUUUUAGCAAAUCAACAGAAGCUACUGCUGUGGAAUUGAAAAAUGAGGAUGCAAGUAUAAGGGAUGAAGAGCAUGCUUUGCCAACAACCCAAGAUUCAGCUUCUUUACCAUAAUGCUUUUACUCUCAUCUCGGGCUUAUUGUCCACACUCAUUGGUAUACUAUGUCGAGAUACGCUGUUGGUUCUGGUGUGUUUAAUUAACAUAAUUUUGGUGAUAGACGUGAUUAUAACUUUUUUUUAUAUUUUUCUUUUUAAUGAAAUUUGAUGAAGCUGUUGCAUCAUGAAGUUUCUAGACACCUAUCAGUAAGUUCCUUCUAUUAAAUAUACUUUUAGAUCUAUCA